UCUUAAAAAAUCCUUGUCUUAAGAAAUGAAUUUAAAGAAUGGUCACACAUGGACAAUUUAAAUGGAGACACGCUUCAGAUUGCAGAAGAGUCAGAGGUCGGAUGGAAGCGGUUGAAAACAGUACAGAGUUUUCCAGCAGCCUGGAUCAGAAAGAGUGCCAGAAUGACACUACAGGGAAUACUCCAUCUUCAGAUGUAAAGGAGAAGGAGGAGAAGCUCCAGAAAAGUGCCCAGGAGGAACCAGAAGAAAAGUCAUGCCCAAGAGAGGACGGAUCUCCAUGUGAGGACGAUGUGCUGUGUGACGCUUGUAUUGAAAGUCCAUGCAAAGCCAAGAAGUCAUGCCUGACGUGCCUGGUUUCCUACUGCGAGGAUCAUCUGAGGCCACAUCUGGAAAAGGAGAGGUUUCAGAGCCACCGGCUGGUGGAACCACUGAAAGACGUGGAGAUACGCCAAUGUGAGAUACAUCACCUCCCGCUGGAGCUGUACUGCUGUGUCGAAAGUUGCUGUGUGUGUCAGAAGUGCAUGUCUGAACAACACCAUGGACAUGAGACCCUGUCCAUUACAGAGGCACACCAGACAGUUGAGAAAGAGCUCCAGGAUAAACAGGCCGAGUUGGCGAAGACGCUGACAGCAGCUGAGAACUCCAUCAACAAACUGCAGAGCUGCGUUCUGUCUGUAGAGGCAUGUGUGUGUGAGGUGCGGGCUGUGCUCCAGCAGCAGGUAAGCUCUCUGCAGGCGGGGGUGGAGCAGGUGAGGGCGGAGCUCACCAAGGUGCUGGAGGUGGAGCAGAAACGCACACUGGGACAGGUGGGCGGAGCUCAGCUGUGUGUGGAGCAGCACUGUGCUGAACUGAAGAGGAAACACACACAGCUGGACAAACUCAGCAAGAACAAGAACAGCAUCGACUUCCUGCAGGAAUAUUCCGAAUGGAGGAAGACGAGCUUGGAUGUGUCUCUCCCUGAUGUUUGUGUCACUCAGACAAUUCGUCUUCAGUCUUUCAGCCGCAUCAUCACACAAACCACACAGGAGCUGUGUGACACACUGCUCACAACAUACCGCAACUCACUCAAAGAGUUCUGCAUAACCGGUGAUGAUGUCAAUCAGCGCAAAGUUCAUCCCCAGAGUCCUGUACAGCUGAACAGCUCGCUGCCUGAGCCACAGAGCAGAGACGACUUCCUCAAAUAUGCGUCUCCGUUAACGUUUGAUGGUGACACGGUGCACCAUUUCCUGCGUGUGACGGAAAACGGCAGGAAGUUAACCAACACCACGCCCUGGCAGCACGGUUACCCUGAGCAUCCGGAGCGCUUCGAGCACUGGAAGCAGGCGCUGGUGGCUCAGAGCUUCUCCUCAGGGCGCCAUUACUUUGAGACGGACCUGAACGGCACGGGGGUCCACGUUGGCGUGACGUAUGUAGGGAUCCCACGCCGGAGCGACCAAAACAACGCGUGCAUCACAGACAGCAGCAUCUCCUGGUGUGUACAGCGGACUGGGCGUGGCUUCUCAGCUUGGCACAAUGGUGUGGAAACCCCCCUGAACAGCCCCAAGGCCACGAGGGUGGGCGUGUACGUGGAUUUUGGGCGUGGCUCGGUGGUGUUUUACAGUGUGGGUGGAGAAGUAGAAGGAGAGAUGAAGCUGCUGCAUCGCUACGAGACUGAGCUGAGAGAGCCGCUCUACGCCGCCGUGUUCCUCCCGAAGAACGAGAACGUUGUGGUGCUGGUGGAACCGGGACAGGAACUUCCACUCAAGAGCCCCUCACCUCCAUGUUCUCCACCGUGAUGCACAUCAUUUACCGCCACUGUAUUCAUCAUUGCUGUCACGAUUGUUAUCAUUCCUGAAUUUCUGGUGUACACGGGUAUGUUUGAAACCGUAGUGUUUAUCGUUGUGUUUCAGAACAUUUUCAUCCACACAGAUGAAGUGAAAUUAAACCACAAACAAGUUAUCAAGUCAGAAAUUACACAGCAUGUUCAUAACACACGCUAGGUUCGCGAAGGUUCACGCUGUGAUGUCAUACAUUCACCCCCCCCCC